UGGGACCCAAUGAUAACAACCCUGCCUGGCUUAUAUUUGAUGUCAACCGGGGUGCUAGUUCCUCUCUCUCUGCGCUGGUUUCUCCCACACUACAGCUUUGCUCAACGUUCUGGUUGAGAGCCACCAAUGUGUUCUUCAGUCUUGCCAACAUGUAUCUCAUCUACAACAUCCUGAAGAAACUGCAGAACCCUCUUCUGGAUGAGAAUGGCUUGAAGGUGGUCCUGAGUACGCUCGCACUUUCCAGUUUUCCUGUCCUGUAUUUCUUUACAUUCCUCUACUACACGGACGCUGGUUCCAUCUUUAUGGUGCUGCUCAUGUACCUCUUCAACCUCCGUGGAAACCACCUCACUGCAGCUGCAUUUGGGCUUGGAGCCAUUUUGUUCCGUCAGACGAAUGUCAUUUGGGUUGUAUUCGUCACAUGUUUGGUCGUGAGGAAGGAACUUAUCAGCUGGUUAAGGGAAGUGUAUGAAAAGAAAUCGGAUGGUGUAUUGUUUUCAGACUUGUCGGAUUGGGAGUUAUUGAAACUGUGUGUGAAGAUUUUGUUCAAAUUUGCCACGACCAAACCAAACAGAGAUAAUCUGAUUGCGUUGAUUGUAAAGAUAGUGAAACAAGUGUGGGGGUAUGUGGCUGUAGGAGUUAUGUUUAUUGGUUUUAUUGUGGUCAAUGGGGGAAUUGUUGUAGGGGAUAGAUCACAACACACAGCUUGUCUUAAUUUCCCGCAAAUUUUCUAUUUUCUUGUGAUGGCAAACUUUUUUGCACUUUUUCAUUUAACUUCUCCUUCAAAAAUAUGGCAGUUUCUGAAGUUCUGUUGGGAGAAAAAAUUAUUGUCGUUUCUUUCCUAAUUGUCUCAUUCUUAAUUGUUAAAUAUUUUACGUAUGAGCACAAAUACCUUCUAAGCGAUAACAGGCAUUACCCUUUCUAUGUUUGGCGUAAGCUUUACAAACGACACGAGUAUGUUCCCUACGCAUUAAUCCCCAUUUACUUGUAUUGCUCAUGGGCCUUUUGGACUGCUUUACAAAAUCAAGACGUCAUCUGGAAAAUCAUUUUCAUAAUAUGCUUAAUAGCUUCAACAGUGCCACAAAAAUUGUUGGAAUAUCGUUACUUCAUACUGCCAUAUUUGAUUUAUCGUUUGAAUAUGCGUUAUGUUACCUUUGUAGGUCUGUUUCAUGAAUUUUGUUGUACCUUGCAAUUAACAUAGCAACUGUUUACCUAUUUGUUGAGAAGCCUUUUCAAUGGGCACACGAAAAGGGGCUUCAAAGAUUUAUGUGGUAGCUAUACAUUUGUUAAAUGUACAGUUAAUAUUGUUUGCUUUUAAGGAAUCUGCUAUUUUUGUUAUCCCUGUGUUUAUUUUGAACAAGAGGUUGCAGUUUGGAAAAUCUUUAAGCUUUGAAAGUGCCACAAGCACGUUAAAAUAUUGUUACUUCAUAAUAUUGCUCUAAAUAUACUGCCUAUAAAUGCAUUUUAUUAAUAUAUGUACUCGAUCAUUAUCAAAUGCAUCAAGAACAGGGAAGGAGAGUUAUGUUGUACUUCUACAGUUUUUAAACAAAAUGUUACAAUCUAUAAUCUUUUAAAGCCUAUAUAAAAAACUAGUUUAAGCUAUAAUAAUAAGUUAAUGUUGUAACAGGUCAGUUUUACCCAAUUGUUUGUGAAAUAUAUUGCAGAAAAGAA